GUGCAGGCAGAGAAGAGCAAAUGGAGAUGAGGGCUCUUCUGAUGGCGUGUCUGGCCACUGUCUUCUGCGUGGACGUUGCCAACUCGCUGACGUGCUACACCUGUAGCAACCAGAUCAGCAACUCCGAGUGCCUGAAGGCUUCCCCAUGUGCCAAAAAUGACACAGCCUGCAUGACUACAGUUGUGAAGGUAGGUGCUGGCACUCAGCAACAGAAGUUGAUCAGCAAAACCUGCGUUUCAAACUGUGUUAAGUUUCAAGACUUUUACGAAUGCUGCAGCCAGGGCAACUGCAAUCACAACGAGGCAUCUGGGAUGAGACCUCCCGUAGAGGUGCUGGGAGCUGCAGUUCUGGUCAGUGUUACCAGGCCCCUUCUCUGGACUGGACUGGGAUGAGGUCCCUAUUGAAUAACACUUUCAAGCUUCUUUAACCCAUCCUCGUCCCCCAGAACCUGCAGUUGUUUUGCCCAUCUGUCCCCAGAACGUCUUCUGAACAUCUGAUGUUCAGGCACGGAAAGGCCAGUCUGAAGCUAGCUUGAGCUUGAUAGAGGAGUGAUCCCUCAGUUAUUCUUUUAUAGCUUCUCACGCGCCAGGACUCUGCAGCCACCGCUAAAAUAAAUAAAUAAACAUCUUGGAAAUUUCUACUGAGAGCUGACUCACAGCAGGGCUGGGGUUUUGCAAGCAGCAUGGUCGGGUUGUUCGUGCAAUUACAGAGAGCACCAAACAACUGGAGGUGAGUAGGAGGAGGAUACAAUCCCCAUCAGCACAGCCCCAGAUCAGAGUGUGUCUCUUAUAUUUUCAGCCAGGCAGAAAUUUCUGAAGGCUUAUAGAGAAAGGCCUGGAAAAUAAUGAGUUUGCAUCUCCAAUGGUAUUGUUCUAGUAUGCUGCCAGCACUCUGGUCCUGACAAGGUCUGGGACAGCAUGGGGAAGGCGUAUUAGCAAAUUAAACACCCUGUGUCAGUUCCUGGCCCUGGGGUCAGCUGGUGACCAUCUGUAUAGCCGAGCUCUCUUCCUCCAAAAUAAGGUGGCUGAAUCCAAAAUACCAAUUGGAAAGUAGAUCUGGAAUUGUCAGGGAUGGUCCUAGCUGGUCAGGCCAAAAACGUGCUGAGGAGCAUGCUAACAAUUAAACGGUGUGGACAACUGUGGGACAGCCCUUAAAACUGUGCCUGGGCUCUCUGUGUAUUAUUGGUAUAGACAUAGCUGUCUCUGUGACAGCUCUUCUGCAGUGUGAUUACCACCCCAGGGCAGCUGGAAGGGUGGUGACCUCCUCUGGAGCUUGUGACACCUGGGUAUCACUGCUGGAUACCCUUAUUAAUGCCCCCAAGUACCGGUACAAUCCUAUAUGUAACUUAAUCCAGACCCAGCUGGGAUUUGGGCAAUACAGGAGUCUCGGAGAUGCCAUAAAAUCAGGUAAUAUUGGUAAACAGAGAUUUGGCAUGCCCCUGGGGCACAUUUCCCUGUCCUGCUUGAAAGAUAGGGAGCCAAAGGGCAGGUUCCCAGAAGGAUUUCGACACCUUGAUGUAAGCUGGCCCCAGGCUGCCCAUGCUGUGUUCUUGAACCCGAGUAUCUCUGCCCCACGGUGGGACUCCCAUGGUGAG